AUGGCACCCCCUCCGCCCAAUUCAAGCCAGCCUCUGCAGGAGAGGCUGCUGCAGCUGGCCAAGACGCUGCAAUUUGCCUGGUUUGUUGGGCAUAUGACGCUCAUUCUGACCACCAUUCGAUAUGGGUUCUCCUGGCUGCGCAUGAACUACUACGGCGGCAUGGCCAAGUUCUCCUACCGUACUUCGUUCCUUGCUGCCGCUGUUACUUACGGCAUUGUCGUUUACAAGACCCAGCGAGCUCGAGCCAAGACUGGCAACAAGAUGCCAGGUGGCGCCAUUGGGCUCUUGUCCGAUGAGAAUAUCCAGUAUUUGCUUAUGGCCCUCGUCUGGCUCUUUUCUCCUCAGUACCCGCUUGCGCUCCUCCCCUACUGCGUUUACUCAAUCUUCCACGUCGCCACAUACACCCGCGCCAACUUGAUCCCCGUCCUCCAGCCCCCUCCUCCCACCGCCGAUGGCGCCUCUCCCCAGCGCGUCAGCAACCCUCUGGCUGAUAGAAUUGGUGCCUUUGUCAAGGAGUACUACGACGCCUCCAUGUCCGUUGUCUCGGGACUGGAGAUUCUGCUCUGGGGCCGCAUCUUGCUCUCGGCCAUUCUCUUCCAGCGCCGCUCUUGGAUCUUGAUUACUCUAUACACGGCUUUCCUCCGAGCUCGCUUCUCACAGAGCACCCACGUUCAGCACUCUAUGUCACAACUGGUCGCUAGAAUCGACUCUCUGGUUGGUGCUCAGGGCACUCCUCCCGCUGCCCGUCAAGUCUGGGACAAUGUCAAGAAUGUCGGUCGACAGUUCCGCGAUGCUACUGAUGUCAGCAAGUACACUCAGGGUCCUGCCCCUGCCAAGAAGACCUCGUAG